CGUGUCGGUUUCCGGGUGGUGGUUACACUUUCAGCCGAGCCAGCCGUCGUUAUAAUCAACCUUGUAAACAAAAAGUUGCCUAACGGGUUGACUUCAACGACACGUGAACGAAAAAGACAUGCAUAUCAAAACCGGUACAUGGGAAGCAAGCAACACUGUGUGUGAGUCAGAAACUCUGUGUGAGCAAGCAGUCCUCGUGUCAGCCACCAAGUCCGAACCCCAGAUCCGUAACCGUCGCCUGUCUCCUGGUUCCGGCAACUGCGGUGGAGGCGGAGGGGGCUGCAUCUCGGGAAGCGCCCAGAAUCCACGACAGCGUCCGCCUCAGGAGGACGCCAACGGCCACCGUCACAGCCCCAGCUUCCGCAGGGAGAAGGAGCGUAAAAACCAGCCGCACAAAGGCCGCCCCAUCAGGAGGGAGAGUCAGAAGGGUGCUGCUCGUCCCGGCGAGAGGCCACAAAGGGUUAACCAGAAGGAGAAGUGGGUGGAGGACAGUUUGUCGCUGCUCAAGCCCCCACCUGCUUUCCCUGUGCAGGACAGCCCUGCCAAGCUGCAGCCUGCUGUCAGCUACGCUUCCAAGGUGAAGUCAGGAGCAACAGGCGGAACGCUGGAGGAGGACCGGCCCGCCAUCGGCGACCUGCUGCAGAACCAGUGGGGUUUAAGUUUUCUAAGUGAAGUUAAGGCAAUCACAGAUAGCCCCCUCCCUCUUCCUGCUACUAACCCUCUAAUAGGCACAGAUGACAAACACCUACAGCAUGACGGCGCCCUCACAGUUCAGCCGCCAAAAGAAAACCCUGUCCCAGUCUUUGAUGCAAUCAGAUGUGCAGAGGUAGAGGAGGCCAGCGGGGACCUCCUGCUUAGCUGUCGCCACCUAGUGGAGGCUUUGAACUAUCACAAUAGAGAAUGGAAUACUAUCUGUAACAGACAGAAGAAAGAUCCAAAAAGAGUGGUUUGGUAUAAGGAGACCCAGGAGCGCCCGGCUUAGCAGCGCGACUGACGUGGAGCAUCAAAAGCAAACAGAAAAACACACCUUCACGCGUUUAUUACUGACGAAACAUGGACGAAUUUGAGUCCCGUUCACAAGCUGCACUCAGGAUGAUGCCUUGUUGAUGUCUUCACACAAAGCCACACUGAGACACUUUGGACUAACUCCUUUGAGAUCUUACCGCAAUGAACUGUUUUUUUUUUGUUUUUUUUUAACGCCUUACAGAAAGCCUGCCUUAAAUAAUCACCUCAUUCCCAUUUUAGCUUCUUCCUGUAAAGCUGGUCUUUCUCUCCACUUCUUUUCCUUUUAAUAAUCUCUAAGGAGUCUAAUUUAAAAAAAAAAAAGUUUUUUUUUUUUUUUUUUUCCUGAAAGCUGCGGUUUUAUUAAACGUCGUCCUCUGCAGAGCGAGUGGUCAAUCAAGCACUUUGUUUAAAACUGACCAGUCGUCGUGCACGAGAAGCCCUCGGUGAAUUUUGUAUUUCCCUGUUUUCAAUUCUAAACCAGAAGAAUGUCCUGUACCUACUUGAGUUUUAUUGUUGAUGAAUGCAGGGCGCUAUCAGUAUCCUGUCUUCAGUUUACAGAGGGGUGUAGUCAAAGGCACGGUAGAGUUCACCUUUGACCCUACGGAUCUUAAUGCUGUUUUGUUUUUUUGGGUGAAUGUUUGAAUCCAUAAGGGAUGUCGCCAUGUUCCGUGUGGCAGGUUUUUGAAAAUUAUUUGAAUUAAAGCAAAAAUUACACUGGAGAUAAAGGAGGGA